AAUACUGUAUAUAUACAUAAUAAAUAAAUACAUUUUUAAAAAGAAAUCAAUCUAAGAUUAGGAACCAAAAGGGCCUUCCCUCUUUCUGUGCCGAUAUCGCACCCGCCAACAUGGUGAACGUUUCUAAGACCCGCCGGACAUUCUGCAAGAAAUGUGGCAAACACCAACCCCACAAAGUGACCCAGUACAAGAAGGGCAAAGAUUCUUUGUAUGCCCAGGGAAAGCGGCGUUAUGACAGGAAACAGAGUGGCUAUGGUGAGCAGACUAAGCCUGUUUUCUGCAAAAAGGCGAAAACUACAAAGAAGAUUGUGCUGAGACUGGAAUGUGUGGAGCCCAACUGCAGAUCUAAGAGGAUGCUGGCUAUUAAGAGAUGCAAGCAUUUUGAACUGGGUGGUGAUAAGAAGAGAAAGGGCCAAGUGAUCCAGUUCUAAGCUGACCUUGUUAUGAAGACAAUAAAAUCAUGAGCUUUCACUCAAAAAAAAAAAAAAAAAAAAAAAAAGAUUAGGAACCAAAAUACAAAUGGUGAAAAUAAAAAAGCAACCACAUUCUAAUGAUGAAACAGUAUGGUCUACUGCCCCCGCAGAACUUUGUUUACAGCGAGAAUAAAAACCACGUACUUAUCAUUAAGAGCGAUAAUAACAAAAACAUUUGCCACUCUCUGCUGCCAGGAAUAUAAGUGCUGGUCUGAAAGCUGGGCAACUCAAAGCAGGUAAGCAAAUUAAGGCCCAGUUAGAUUUUGAAAUAAGAGUAUUUGCUUAGGAAAACAAGAUGCAUAUCUCAAGUUACUUUUCCUGCCCAAGGAUGUUGCUUAAUUCAAUUAGCUUGGGCUUGUUUUCUAUUACUUAAGGCCAUAUUUUUCUAUUACUAAAUGAAGAUUUAUUCAUUUGUAACAAAUUAGUACAAGUAAAUAAAGCACCAGGGAUCUUAACUUCAUCUUUCUUUCA